AAAAAAAAUCCCAGACGAGGAAUCAGAAUCAGUCUUCGAUCAUUUCCAUCUUCCUCAUGAUCAUGAUUCUGCUUCACUGAUCCAUCACCAUAAACCAUGCCUUUACCCAUCUUCACCUCACGCCUCCAAUCAUCAUCAUCAUCAUCAUCGUCGUCGUCGCGAUCUUAUCUCCCACGCCCGAAGCCACGAAUCGACCCAACCCUAACCCUAAUCCCAGGCCUAUCAAACGACGUCGCAAGACUAAUCCUCUCCUUCAUCCCUUACCCACACAUCCCCCGCCUCAAAUCAACCUCCAAAUCAUGGUACGCUUUCCUCUCCUCCAAAACCCUAAUUUCACUCCGUAACAACCAAAACAACAACAACAACCUCUCGCAUCUCCUCUGCAUCUUCCCUCAAGAUCCUUCAAUCUCCCCUCCUUUCCUCUUCGAUCCCAUCACUCUCUCCUGGAGAUCUCUACCCUUGAUGCCGUGUAACCCCCACGUGUACGGUCUCUGCAACUUCGUAGCCGUGGCGGUGGGAUCUGAUCUCUACGUGUUAGGUGGAUCGGCUUUCGAUACGAGGUCGUAUCCUCUCGAUCGUCCUUUGCCUAGCGCGUCUGUUUUCCGUUACAGCUUCGUGAAGUCGGAGUGGGAACGGUUGGCUCCUAUGAUUUAUCCACGUGGCAGCUUCGCCUGCGGGGUGAUUGGUGGGGAGAGGAGGAUUGUUGUGGCGGGAGGAGGGUCGAGGCAUUCGUUGUUCGGUGCUGCGGGGAGUAGGAUGAGUUCUGUUGAGGAGUAUGAUGUGGAGAGAGAUGAGUGGAGGGAGAGGGAUGAGUUGCCUAGGUUUAGAGCUGGUUGUGUUGGGUUUGUUGUUGAGAGGGAGUUUUGGGUGAUGGGUGGGUAUGGAGGGUCAAGGACUGUUUCUGGUGUGCUUCCUGUUGAUGAGUAUUGUAAAGACGCGGCGGUGAUGAAGCUGGAGGGUGGUGAGGGGUGGCGUUUGGUUGGAGAUAUGUGGGGGGAGGGGGAGAGUGCUAAGAAAGGGAAGAUUGUUGCUGUGGGAUCUGUGUUUUUUAUGUUGGAUAGGGAUUUGGUUCUUAGGUAUGAGGUGGGUUUGAAUCGUUGGGUGAUGGAGACGAGUGUGCCGAAGAAAGGUCCUUUUGAUAAACCUGUUGGGUUUGUGGAGGUGAAUGGGGAGUUGCAUGUUAUGAUUUUGUUGGAUGGGUAUAAUUUGGGUGAUACUAGGUAUACUAGACAGAGGAGUAAUGCUGGUUGGUUGAUGAUUCAUGUGUAUGAUCUGAAGAAGAAGUGUUGGAGGUCUGUUGUUGCUAAGCCGCCGUUUAAUCACCAGCUUGAUUUCAGGACCACGGUUAUGUGCACCAUCCGGUUGUAGUUAAGGAGUGAAGAAAUAAUAGUUGUUCAUGGUGUGAGGUCUGAUUCUGAACAGUGCAGUUAGUAUUGUGUCGUUUGUUUUGCCUUUACAUUAUAUGUACAGGUUGGAAAGAAGAAAGAAUGAAGUAUGGGUAUUAUAUUAUAUUGUAAAUAAAGAUAUUAUUACACUAUGGUUUUACUGCAAAACAAUGCAGGAUUUGGUCAUUUUGUCUCACAGAAAACUAAUUACAAUUCAUAUGUUGAG